UGUGAAUAAGUAGGCUAUAACGAGCAUUUACGCGCAACUCUGCGUCCAUAACAGAUGCCGACUAUGCAGACGCGCGCCACCGGACCUUUCAUAUCCAGUUGCGCGCAAAAUCAUGCGCGCUUUACCUGACGAUGCGGAGGAGUGAGAGCCGGGAAUCCGAGGUCCGGCGGAGCCCAUCACUGGACAGCGCUGAGUCAGAGUAUACCCGGGCGGCCCGCCGGGGUCACCGUCUGGCCGUGGGGGCUUUCUAUGGCUCCCGAGGGUCUAAUGUCAAAGAUCAAAGAGACGGCGUGGUGGUCGCUGUCCCGCCAGGGGGGAAACCCCAGGAGAAGCGCGUGUCUGCCGGUGGAAAGUACGUUGUGUUUUAUCUGGACUUGUCUUUUGUCUUUCUUCUAGAGUUUGAGAAGCUGAAGAUGGCGCGUGGAUGCCUCUGUUGUGUCAAAUACAUGAUGUUCCUGUUCAACCUGCUGUUCUGGUUGUCGGGCUGUGGGUUGCUAGGUGUGGGUAUCUGGCUGUCCGUUUCCCAGGGCAGUUUCGCCACAUUCUCUCCAUCCUUCCCAUCACUCUCCGCUGCAAAUCUGGUCAUUACCCUGGGCUCUGUCGUCAUGGUAACGGGCUUCCUGGGUUGCCUGGGUGCCAUCAAAGAGAACAAGUGCUUGUUGCUAAGCUUCUUCAUCGUCCUGUUGAUCAUUUUGCUGGCAGAGUUGAUUCUGCUUAUCCUUUUCUUUGUGUACACGGAUAAGGUAAGUGACAACGCUAAACAAGAUCUGAAAGACGGCCUGAGGCUCUACAACACGGACAACAACGUCGGCCUCCGCAAUGCUUGGAACAUUAUACAGGCCGAGUGGCAGUGUUGUGGUGUUACUGGGCACACAGACUGGCACGAUGCCCUGCAGGACAAAACGGUACCAGACAGAUGCUGCCAGGAACACUACAGAGAGUGUGGACGCAAUUCCACCAAUGUCUUUUGGUCACAAGGCUGUUAUGAGAAGGUUGAGGAGUGGCUGAACGACAACAAACAUUUGCUGGGAACCAUUGCUAUGUGUGUGCUGGUCCUGCAGCUACUUGGCAUGGCCUUUUCCAUGACUUUAUACCAGCAGAUUCACAGAGCAGGAAAGAAGUACGAUGCCUAGAAAGAAUCCAGUGUUACGCUACAAAACUUCAAAACUCCUGUGUUAUUUCACGCCCAAUUUGAUGCCAUCACACACUUUAAUGCAGCGAAACAUUUUGACUUCAGAAUUAAUUAUAUAGAGCUGACUGUAGAUAUUUUUUCACGACUGCCGACUGGCUUUUUUUUAUUUGGCAUGAAAUAUAACAGCAUCUCGAGAAAAAAGGAAUUAAGGGGAAACAAUGAUGGAUGCCUGUGCUUGUUGAGCCACAUAGUUUUCGUCAAUAUCCUUUUCAGCCUGGAAAUGGUUUUCAGCCAGGUUCGUCGGUACGAGAAGCACUGCACGCAAAAAGGAUAUGGUCCCUAAUUUUCCUCCUGGAUGCUUAUAUAAACAGACACAGUUCCCUUUGCUGAUGUAAUAUAUCAACAGCAUGCUGUAUAUAUGUCAUAUUCACAUAAACCUAAUGUAAAACUGGGAUUGUAAUGUAAAAAAGGGAUUGUUUUAUUUUAAGUUGCGUGUUGUCGGGAAGAAUUGGGGUCAUGGUGUUGUCCCACAAUAUACAAGAAUGUUCUUUUUUUUUCACAAAACAAUAUAUGCAAAAGGAGCUAUCAUGUUUCUUUUUUGCAAUAUUUUUAGCAUUAAAUAUAGUUCCAAAUGA